AUGUCCGCACAUACCGAGAACUUGCAGUUUUCUCGCCAAGAUGUCGAGUUUGAAAUUCCGGACGAUUUGCCCGAGAAGUUGGGUGAAGAACUGCGGAGGCUGGAGCAGCUGUUUACCGUUGAUACGGCCAUGUUGAAGAAAAUCACGGAUCGGUUUGGUGAAGAGCUCGAAGAUGGUCUGCAAAAACACGGAUCGAAUGUGCCAAUGAACAUCACCUGGGUCACGGCCUUCCCAACAGGACACGAAACAGGAACAUACCUCACGCUCGACCUCGGGGGCACAAACCUCCGCGUCUGCCUCAUCACGCUCACGGGCACAUCGGGCGGCGCCGACAUCACACAGGAGAAGUACCAGCUACCCAAGGCGAUCAAGACUGGAACGGCAGACGAACUGUUCGGACACAUUGCCGAUCGUCUGGGCGAUUUCGUCAAGGCACACGUCGAUACCGGCAAUUUCAAAGAGGACGAUGGGAAAGUACCCCUGGGCUUCACGUUCAGUUAUCCGGCAACCCAGGACAGGAUUGAUCAUGGGAUCUUGCAGACCUGGACCAAGGGAUGGGACGUGCAAGGCGUCGAAGGGCACGAUGUGGCAGAGAUGUUGAAGGGGGCCAUUGCGAAAAGGGAUCUCCCUGUAAAACUUGUCGCACUGAUCAACGACACAACCGGCGCGCUGAUCGCCUCCGCCUACAACGACCCCGAGACUAUCAUUGGCGCCAUCUUCGGCACCGGCUGCAAUGCGGCGUAUAUGGAACGAGCGUCACGUAUACCGAAACUACGACAGAAGAACUCGUCCACUAACGGCACCACAACUACUUCACGGACCGAGAAUGACGGAGCAGACGACUCCCUCAUGGCCAUCAACUGCGAAUACGGCGCCUUUGACAACUCGCACGCGAUCCUGCCGCGGACGCGAUACGACGAGCUGAUCGACGAGCAGUCCCCCCGGCCGGGCGAACAGACGUUCGAGAAGAUGUCCGCGGGGCUGUAUCUAGGCGAGAUAUUCCGCCAGGUGCUGGUCGACCUGCACUUUCGCCGCGUCAUAUUCCAGAACCCCAACCUCGACGACAAGCAAGCGGAUUGUCUCGCCACCCCGUACGCCAUCGACACUGAAUUCCUCUCCAACCUUGAAAACGACUCCUCCAAAUCUCUCGCGACAUCAACCCGCGCUUUCCAGGAGACUCUCUCAGACCUGCACCCCUCGCCACAGGAACUACGCUUCUUCCAAGCCCUGGCCAAGCUGAUCGCCAUCCGCAGCGCGCGGCUCUGCGCGUGCGGCGUCUCCGCCAUCUGUCGCCGCAUCGGCGUUCGCAGAGGCCACGUCGCCGCGGACGGGAGCGUCGCGAUCAAACACCCCCGGUUUCGGGAGCGGUGGGAAGACGCCGUCCGCGAGAUUCUGGACAUGAAGAUGGGGGGGAAGGUGGUCUCUACAGAACAAGCGGGAAGUGGGUUGGAGGGGAUUGAGUUGACGAGCGCGGAGGAUGGGAGCGGUGUUGGGGCGGCGAUCAUUACGGCGCUGGCGCUGGGGAGGGUGGGUAAGAUAGAGUAA